AUGGCUAUUAGAUAUUUUAUACCCCCUAACUCUUCAUACUUUUACGAAUGUAAAAAAUGUUUAAUCCCCUUCGCCAACUUGGACGACAUCACAUCAGCCGAAUUCACAAGAAGAGGAAUAAAGUCAUACCAAUUCUCAAAAGUGGUCAACAUCAAGUUUGGGAAGAUUUUUGACACAAACAUACGAUCGAAGCACUACCUAAUACAGAAUGCCUACUGCAGUGGCUGCCUCACCAAAGUUGGGUGGAGAUACGAGUUCACGUUCAAUGACGAGGAACAGCACAAGGAGGACAUGACUAUCAUCAACAAAGCCUAUGUAAUCCAUCACGUCGAUCCGAAUUGUAAGGAAUAA